UUUUUAUAUGGUUAUGUUUUCUUCCGUCAAAAGAAAGAUCCGCGAAUAAGGCGUGGUUACUUUCAGAAGUCUUUAGUUAUUUUAUCACAAUAUCCAUAUGUUGGUCUUUUCUCAAAAAUGGCCUCUAUUCUUGGGCCAGCAUAUUUUGACGUUGGUAAACCUAUGCUUGAAGCAGCUUGUCAUGAUAUUGCUAGCUGGAAACCUCCAGCACCAGGAAACCAUUUUGACCUUCCAUUUCUGGGGAAUGUUAUACAAGUAGAAUUAUCACAACCUAAUAAGCCACAGCUUCUUGAAACAUGUCCAUUUGAUAUGGCAAAUUAUCAACCAGAAACUCAAAUUCUUGCUUCGUUACCACCAGUUACUAUGUUUACAUAUUUUAAAGAUAUGUUAAAAGAUUUAUGGUUAUGUUGGGAAUUGAUGUUAUUUGCAGAACCUAUUGUAUUGAUGGCACCUGAUCCAAAAAUAUGUAGUGAGACUGUGUUAGAAUUGGUGGAUCUUAUUAAUCCAAUACCUUAUUGUGGGGAUUACCGACCAUAUUUUACAAUUCAGGAUUCGGAUUUUAAGUCUUUUGUAACGAAGAACAAGCCUUCUUCAAAUAUAAUUAUCGGAGUGACAAAUCCAUUCUUUACAAAAGCUUUACAACAUUGGCCACAUAUAAUAAGAGUUGGAAAAUCUAAAUCAAGAAAAUCAGGUGACUCUUCAUGGAAAGGAUUAAAUGCUUCAUCGCUCGAUUUUGGAGUAACAAGUAAACGAAAAUCUGUUAUAGCUAAAGAUAAAGCUAUACUGAAACUGCUUGCAGAAGCAAUAGCUCGUGGAUAUCCACCAGAUUAUUUAUUGAAUAAUAUUUUGAGGAGAUAUUUCGUUGAUCUCACGGAAAAAUUUUUAGUGCCACUUAACCGAUAUUUUUCUACGUUAAUACCAUUUCAUAUAACACUCUCCUCUUCACAAGAACCUCCACUACUUAAGCCAUUUAAAACUGAUGUGUUUUUGAAAUCGUUACAAGAACACGGACCACAAAUACCUUUUAAAUCAAAAAAUUUUUCAACGACGUCUACGGACACUUAUCUAAAUUUUUACGCACAAUUUCUAAAAUGCGGUAAUUUUGCUACAUGGCUCAGACAACGUACCAUAGAAGCACAAAAUGAGUUACGUAAACGUUAUUUACAAGUAUUAUGUGAUGAUGAUGUAAGGAAAUGGAUGAUUGGUAAAGACGAAAUGGAAUUAGUGGAUUUACUAGUAAGAGUAAAAGACGAGUUGGUAAGUAGUUCAAGUUUCUAUGUACAUAUAUAA